CUCGAGCAUGAGUAGUGAGUAGGCAUGUCUUCGACAGCUCCCGCAGAAAUCUAUGAAAUUUAUACAUUUCGGACCUCGUAACCGUUCAAAGUCCGUCGGAAACACACACUGAGUGACCGUCCCGCCUCAUGAGUGGAUGAAUGCCUCCCAAAACGACCAAACGACAAAGUGGGAAGACCACAACGCGGGGCCAUUCGAAACCCGGGCGUCUAUCGCCUCUCUACAGUCGUUCCGGAGUGUGUACGGCCAACGAAUUGCUGCUAUGGAGGACGGGCCAAACGAGUUCGACGAGAGACUGAGCCGCGCGGAAGCUUCCCCAAAACUCCGCUGGCUGAAGAGAACGACGCUUCGAGGGAGAAGGUGGCGCACUUGGAAAAACUGCACUGGACGGCAGAACAGACGCAUCGCAGGGAUAUCAGAAAAUGCGAAGGGCCCACGACUACUCAUCGACGUAGGGUCAAUGACGCCAACAAUCCGUCUGCUGUCUGUGACAAGUCUGUCAGGUUUACUACAUAGAUGACAAGGAGUGCGCUCAGAUGUAUGGGAGAGUGUGGGGCACGUAUGAGCUCAGGAGGCCCAUGUUGGCUGUGAUGGAGCCCGACAUGUUGAGAAGCAUCCUGGUGAAGGAGUGCUUCAACUACUUCACCAACCGGAGGGACCUUCGUCUGAACGGGGACCUGUACGACAUAGUGUCUAUUGCUGAGGACGAUCAGUGGAGACGCAUUCGUAACAUUUUCACCCCCAAUUUCACCUCUGGUCGUAUUAAAGAGAUGUUUGGCAUCAUGAAACAUCAUUCCCGCAAACUGAUAGACAAGCUGCGGCCCAAGGUGGACAAUAAUGAAGUCGUUGAAGUAAAAAGCUUCUUUGGACCCUACGGUAUGGAUGUGAUGGCAAGCUGUUCCAUGGGCGUGGACAUGGACUCGAUCAACAACCCUUCACAUCCCCUCCUCGCCCAUGCCUCAAACUUGUUCAACAUAUCCAUCCCCCUUUUCCUCCUCCAAGGAUGCUUUCCCUUCAUUAUUCCUCUCUUGAAGCUUUUGGGAGUCUCCCUUAUCCAAAAGUCUUCGUCUACUUUCUUUAGAACGGUCGUGGAGAAGGUCAGAGCAGAACGCAAUGAGAGCUCACCCCAGAGAGACAUCCUUCAACAUCUGGUCAACUCUAAGCCAGUCGAUGACUCCAGGGAAGAGAAGCAGAAAGAGGGUCUCAAUGAACAUGAGAUCAUUUCUCAAAUAUCAAUCUUGCUGAUGGCUGGUUACGAGACAACUGCCUCUGCUCUCAUGUUUCUGGCCUACAAUAUGGCAAGAAAUCCUGAAAUCAUGAAACGCCUGCAAAAGGAGAUAGACUCUACUUUCCCAAAUAAGGGUUCAGUCCAAUACGAAGCCCUGAUGCAGAUGGAAUACCUGGAUGCUGUGGUCAAUGAAAGUCUGAGGCUCUACCCUCCAAUUGCACGGAUCGAUCGGGUGGCCAAAGAAACUAUCAAGAUCAAAGAUAUCACAAUCCUGAAGGACAUGGUUGUUCUGGUUCCAGUCUACGCUCUGCACCAUGACCCCGAGCUGUGGCCAGAGCCAGAAGAGUUCAAACCCGAGAGAUUUAGUAAAGAGAACAAGCAGAGCAUCACCCCGUACACUUACCUGCCGUUCGGUGUCGGACCGAGGAACUGUCUGGGGAUGCGAUUUGCUCUGGUGAUCCUUAAACUGGGUUUGGUGGAAGUUUUGCAGAACUACAGCUUCUCAAUCUGCGAAGAGACAGAGAUCCCUUUGCAGAUGAGUCCUUCAGGCCUCCUCGGACCACUAAGACCGAUCAAACUAAAGCUGGUGACGCGUUCCAUCGCCUCGGAAAAUGUGGAGUGCAACUAGGGAGGAAGGAUUUGUCCCUCGAGAUUGAACUAACCUCCCAAUUUCUUAAUUUACUGACAAUGCUACAUGAAUUGUUUUUAAUUUCUAUCAGACGUGAUCUGAUCUGAAACACGCAUAAUGACGGUCAAUCAUGUUGAUCUAUGGAGAAAAGUUAGACUUUAUGUUUGCAUAAUGUCCAUGGAUUGUGGCUAGAUAGUUUUGAAUAUCAAAACAUUAAUUAAUAAUCUUUUUUUAUGGUAACGAUCCAAUUAUGUUAUCUUCCAAAUUUAGUGAUGAUUGGAUAGAACAGGUGGUUGCCUGAUGUGUCCAGGUGCAGAUACAUAAUGCCAAUAUUAAGUUGUUGCCAACAAAUUAGACAGAAAAUCGCUGAUCUAAAAUGAAGAUUUACUUAAGACAAAUGUAUUAAUCACUUAAAUAAAUAAAUAAAUCAAAAUAAGCAAGCUAA